CAAUUUUGAAGUCAACUUCUCCUGUUCAAGAGUCUUCCCUUAGCGCCAUUUCAUUUGAUUAUACAAUCUACUAUCUACCAAGUACCUACAUUCUAUCACCAAACACACCUUUAUCACUCUGCUUCCUAAACCUUUUUGGGUUUAGUUUAUUAGCUCAAAUUAAGCCUAAAUUUUGAAUCUUUUACACCUGAGUUUUCUAAAUUCUUCUUCACUGAACAUUAAUUUUUGUUGGGUUUUUAAAAUUUAUGCAAUUGGAGCUCAUAUAAAAAAUGGGUAAAAACCCAAAAUCAAACCCCAGUUCUUAAUGUUUUCUGGGUAGUUUGGUGUUUGAUGAAUGACAAAAAAGAUGAACAAUUUUUGGUGCACAAAUGGGUUUUUUCCUAGGAUAAUUCUGGUUUGGAUAGGGGUAAUUCAGAUAAAUUUUAUAUUGUGCUCGUCUCUCAACCAUGAAGGAAAGGCUUUGUUGAAGUUUAGAGAUGGAGUAGUGAAUGAUCCAUUUGGAGCUUUGUCAAGCUGGAACAAGCAAAAUGGUGAAGAUAAUCCCUGUUCAUGGUUUGGAAUUGGGUGUUCUGAUGGGCUUGUAAUUUCCCUGAACUUGACUAACCUUUGUCUUGAGGGAACACUAGCAUCAGAACUUCAUCAUUUAUUGCACAUAAAGUCCAUCGUACUUCGAAACAAUUCCUUUUCCGGAACUAUUCCCGAAGAGCUUAGAAACUUGAAAGAAUUGGAGUUUCUGGACUUGGGUUACAAUCAUUUUUACGAACCGAUCCCACUUGAAUCCGAAUCUAACAUUACAAUUAUAUUAUUAGACAACAAUGGACUAUCCUGCCACAUAUCUCAUGAAGUUGAACUGACUAGUUCUGUGAAAAUAUUACCAUAUGCCAGGCAUAGUGACCAUGGACAAGAUGUAGGACAAAGGAGGAUGUUACUUGAUUGGCACAAACCUACCACAAAACGUUUUUCGAAACAACCCUCUUUACCGAACACCAAAGACCACCUGAAACAACCCUUUACACCGAGCAAGACACAUAAAAAAAAACGUUUUCAUGAUAAUGAUGUUUUUAAACAUUCAUUUGAAAAGCCAAGUGGCCCCCAACCACCACCACCACCACCACCAAAACACAUAAUCCCGAAUGAUUCAAUUCCAUCUCCCCUGUUCAAUCCACCCCAAAUAUCACGACCCCUUUCUCCUCCAAAUACUCGGGAUUCUACACCACCAAUGCCACGAUCUUCUAAUGUUUUAUUGUCUUCUCCAUCUUCGAAGUCUACCUCCUCUCCGUCUCCCUCAGCAUCACAAAUAAAAACAAUUGGAAUUGUGGUUGGAGCCAUGGGUGGAUUCAUUGGUUUGGUUUUAGUCAGUUUAUUACUAUACCUCUUGAGGGGAAACAAGAUCCGAAAGCCAACAGGAUUAAGCGGACAACUUCAGAGAGCAUUUGUGAUGGGAGAUGAGAGAUCAGAUGGACUCAACAGCGAUAAACCAAGCUUUGUCGAAGGGCUACCAAAUCUAAAGAGGUCUGAACUUGUAACGGCUUGUGAAGAUUUCAGCAACGUCAUUGGAACGUCAUUUAUCGGUACCAUAUACAAAGGGACACUUUCAAACGGCGUUGAAAUAGCCGUUAUAUCUUUGGCUAUAACUACGGCUAAGGACUGGUCAAGAAAUUUGGAGACUCAGUUCAGGAAGAAGGUCGAGAUUUUAUCCAAGGUGAACCACAAAAACUUUGUAAACCUUAUAGGUUAUUGCGAGGAAGAACAACCGUUCACCAGAUUGAUGGUUUUUGAAUAUGCCCCAAAUGGCUCGCUCUUUGAGCAUUUGCACAUAAAAGAAGCCGAGCAUUUAGAUUGGCGUAUGAGACUAAGGGUUGCAAUGGGAUUGGCAUACUGUCUCGAGUAUAUGCACCAAUUAACACCACCCGUAACUCAUCCAAAUCUAAAUUCAUCGGCUGUGAGCCUCUCCGAAGAUUAUGCUGCACAACUGUCCGAUUUCUGUAUCUGGAAUGAAGUGGCUGCUCCACGUCUUCAGCCUAUGACUAAUUGCGUAAGCACUUUAAGUACGACAUCAAUCAGCCCCGAGAGCAAUGUUUACAACUUUGGCUUGGUUCUUCUCGAGAUGAUGACAGGGCGCAUUCCUCAGUUGUUAGAUAAGAACUCACUCGAUGAUUGGGUGUCGGAGUACAUGAGUGGGGAGAAAUCUCUUCAAGAAUUGGUUGAUCCUAUGUUACAUUUUAAUGCCGAACAGCUCGAUAAACUUAGUGACAUUAUCCGAAAGUGUCUUCAUUCAGAACAAAAUCAACUAACAAUGAGAGAUAUUACGGUAAAAAUGAAGGAAGUAACCGGGAUUGAUCAAGAUAAAGCCGCCCCACGAUUUUCUUCUCUUUGGUGGGCCGAGCUUGAUGUUCGUUCGUUGAACGGAACCUAGAUGAUACAAUUCAAGAUUUUUAAGCCUGGCUUGGGAAUGUACUAAUGUUUUUGCUUGCUUGUUUGUACCUCAAAAUGUAAAGUGGUAAAAAAAAAUUUUCUUACCUUGUUAUCGUACAAAUUCAGCAUUUUAAAGUUUGCAAGGUUCGUAAAUCUCGAUUGCGUACAUUUGGUGGUUCAAAAAAGAAUUGUACUUCCUCCGUUCCAUAAUACCCGCUACAUUUUCUAUUUUUGACAAUUUUAUAUUACUUGCUAUAUUUCCAUUUUUAGUAAUAAAACAAUCAUUUAAAGUUUU